AUGGACUUGACUGUCAUUUUCUUUGCAAAAGAAGGUGAAGAUUGUUGCUUGACUCCUAUGAAGGAAAGUUUACUUCCACCAAUAACCAUUACAUUUCAAAAAGGUUUAUCUCAGAAAUUUAGACAAUCCUCUGGAACUGGCAUUGAUCUUUCCAUGUUUGAAGAGGCAGAAUUGUCGAAGGGCAGUAAUGCAGAUGUAUAUCAGCUGGCGGUAAAGGUAGAUGCAUUCGAAGAUACCCAGAGUGAAGCAGAGGAUGGAAAUGCAGUGUCUGUGUCUACAAAUUCCCAGAUUACUCAAGCAGUUUUUGAAAAGGACAAAGGCGAAUUCAAAAUUAGGGUGGUGAAGCAAAUCCUUUGGGUCAAUGGAAUGAGGUAUGAAUUGCAAGAGAUUUAUGGCAUUGGAAAUUCAGUUGAUAAGGACUUUGAUGGAACUGAUAACGGGAAGGAAUGCGUCGUGUGCCUUUCUGAACCUCGGGACAUUACUGUACUUCCAUGCCGCCACAUGUGCAUGUGCAGCGGAUGUGCAAAAGUUUUGAGGUUCCAGACAAAUCGUUGUCCUAUUUGUCGUCAACCAGUUGAGCGAUUCUUGGAGAUUAAGGUCAGCAAAGCUACUGAAGAGUAAGAAUCGCGACAACCACCCUUUUAUAAACACACGGACGGAGUUAGAAGCCUGGAUAUGAGUUUGGCUGAAUGUAGUAACUUUUGCUCUAAAAUCCAGAACCCAUAAAGUUAAUAUCCUGACUCUGCCUCAUUCCUGUUUUCCUCUUUUGGUUCUUUUGUCUUUCCUUUGUCCUCUGCUUCAUGGAUCAGAAU